GCCUGAAAUUCAUUCAGUACUUUGGUGGCAACAAAUCCGGAGAGACGCUGGCAGCAUGGGCCUGCUGACAGAGUGGAAAAAAUGGGCCAUCAGAUGGAUGGAGCGCAACAGGGGCCUAAUUGUGGUCCUCUUUUGUCUGCCAGCCAGCUUCGUGUUCGACGCGUGCCUCAGGCUGCAGAAAAAAUUGUCCAGGGCACUCGAGUCGAACGACGAUCACGAUAGGAAGGUUCAAAGGAUACAAAAGCAGGUCGCCGCGUGGAAUAAAUUGCCAAAGGAAAAGCGCAAGCCGAUGUGCACAGCUAGACCGAAUUGGCUGAGUUUGUCGUUGACAUUCUUCCAGAAGAAUCAAUGCCACAAGGUGCCUGUGUCUCUCUACAACAUCCUCAGUUUGAACAAAAAAGAGAUGACUGUAAGGGUUGAGCCGAUGGUGACUGUAGCCGAAAUCACUGAAUAUCUCGUUCCAAAAGGCUACACCUUGGCCGUCACGUUGGAGAUUGGCGACGCUACCUUAGGCGGACUCGCCAUGGGUGUCGGUAUGACCACUCAUUCUCACAAAGCUGGACUAUACCAGGAAGGAAUCACGGCCUACGACGUUGUCCUUGGGGACGGAUCGUUAGUUCGAGCCACAGCCACGGAAAACGAAGACCUUUUCCGAGCUCUCCCUUGGUCGCACGGAUCGCUAGGAUUCCUCGUGGCACUGGAACUGAAGCUGGUCAAAGUCAAGCCAUACGUUAAACUGAACUAUGUGCCGGUAAAAGGAAUGGCCGAUUACUGCGACAUGAUUAGAAUGGUGUCGGGAGCUCUUGACAAGGAUUACCCAGCGCCUGAUUACGUGGAGGCGACUAUUUUUAGCAAGCAGGAGGCCGUAAUUAUGACUGGAGAGUACACGGACUGUGUCACGGAUGAUGACAAACGCAAGGUGAAUCACAUAACCCGGUGGUACAAGCCGUGGUUCUACAAGCACGUCGAGUCUUUCCUCAAGAAGGGCAAGGCCCAGGAGUUAAUUCCUCUGAGGGAAUAUUUGCUGCGCCACAACAGGGCUAUUUUUUGGGUCGUCGAGGAUAUGAUCCCGUUUGGCAACAACCCAAUUUUCAGAUUUUUCUUCGGCUGGCUGUUGCCGCCAAAGCCCGCCUUCCUCAAGUUCACCACGACUCCUGGCAUCAGAGCCAUGACCUUUACCAAGCAGGUUUUCCAAGAUAUCGUUCUGCCGAUGACCGAGCUGGAGAAGCAAAUCGAGAUCAACGAGAAACUUUUUGACGCGUACCCGAUUCUGGUCUACCCUUGCCGCGUUUACGACCACGGGCCGAACAGCGGGCAGCUGAGACCCCCUCGGCCGGAUCAGAUGGUUCCCGGGGCCAAGUGGGGAAUGUUUAACGACCUAGGUGUCUACGGUGUGCCCGGCCCGGUGAAGAGGAAAGAGCCGUUUGAUGCUGUGAAGGCAAUGCGAGCUAUGGAAAAAUUCACAAGAGACGUUGGUGGAUACUCAUUUUUAUACGCCGAUAUUUUCAUGGACUUCAAGGAAUUCAAUCAAAUGUUUGACUUGACUCUCUACGAAAAGGUUCGCAAAAAAUACUCCGCCUCGGACGCUUUUCCUCAUUUAUACGACAAGGUGAAGCCAGAAAUCGACGUUUUCAAAGUGGGCAAGGAGUACAUCAACCCGCUGUGAAAUGUGAAAUUCGCCAAUUUUCAACCAUCCGCGCGUGUCACUCUGCCGACGGCGAAUUGCAAAUAAAUUCCCACCAAACAAACCAAGCCUGCUGUUAUUUUCUAUGGAGCAAACUAAACAAAAAUAUUAUUGUCGGUUGGCUUUAAUAAAAAACCCUGGAUAUUUGGGGAUGUGGAAAAGC